AUGGCGGCGACCGGAAGUCCCCUCGCCCCGCGGGCGCGCCCGCUUCCGGUCCGCCCGCCCGCCCGCCCGCGGGGAAGACAAGAUGGCGGAGCUCCCGCAGCCUGCCCGGAACCGGCCGCCGGUGUCCCGGAGGAGCCGGAGCCCGCCGCGUCCCGCCGGCCCCUGGGCGACCUGCCGCGGGGCCUGGCCCUGGGGCCGUCGCUGGCCCAGGAGCAGUUCCUCGGAGUCUGGUGCGUGGGGAAGGGCCUGCAGCCCGGCCGGACCUGGGGGCCUCUGCCGGGGCCUGCCGCCUUCAAGGAGGCCACAGGACCAGCCCUGUGGCCCCAAGAGAUGUUCCAGAGCCUGCGCCUGGAUAAGUGUGUGUGUGAGCGGGGUUCAGGCUGGGCCAGCUUGGUGCGGCGGGCGAGCGAGGGGAACGUGGUUCCGGUGUGGAUCGGCGAGCGGCUCCACCUGCGAGUGUCCCGGCCCGUGGCCCCUGGCGCGGAGCUGCUGCUGGGGGAGCAGCCGGCGGCGAUGCCCGGGGCGGCGGAGGACUCUUGCCCAGGAGGGGCCCCGGCCCAGCCCCGGCCGGCGGCCAGUCGUCUCCCGGCCCUGCCCGCGCGGCCCGAGGUCCUGGAGGGGCCGGAGACGUCCGAGGACCGGACCGCGGGCUGCCGGCCCCCCGGGCCCCGGGGGGGGCGGCGGCCCGGCCGCGGAGGGGGAGCCCAAGGAAGGAAAGGA